AUGAGCACUCGGAAGCCAACGACUAAGAAUCCGAGGGCUACGACAAAGUCAACAGGGGCGCUUUGCCCAGCUAUCGAGAAGACGUUGGACCCUACGAAGACUUUGGGAGCUGCCAAAGGUCUCGAUUGCGGAGUAAACUUCUGCCGCAGUGUCGCGGGUAUGAAUAUCUGCUUUGCGCAAAAUGACAUCUGCCCCUAUCAAACCAAGACUAUCACCUCGACCACGGUCAAAGGACCCGCCGACUCGGUCCUCGUCUGCCCAGCCACCACAAAAUGCGUCAGCGGCACCACCAAUAAUGGUUUCACCGGAAAUUUUUGCAUUGCCGCA